AUGUUACUACUGAUAACUCAAAGCUGCUGUCGAUCAAUUGAUGUUGAAAAUACGAGCAUAAGUAAGUGUUUACUAUGGAAAACAUAAGCUUUAACUAUGUAUAUAUGUAUGAUUUAGUAAAAUAGGAUCGGUUAGAAAAUGGUCGGAGCUAGGGUUAGGUAGGGUGAGAUAGGAUAGGGUAGAGUAAGAUGCAGUAAGUUAAAGUUAGUUAUAACAGAGAAGAAUAGGGUUGAAUAGGGUAGAGUGGGUCAGAGCAGAGUGGGUCAGGACAGGGCAUGGUAGGAUUGUGCAAGGCAGAGCAGCGCAAAGCAGAGGUCAGGCACGGUAACGUUGAUCAGAAUAGGGUAGAGUAUAGUGGGGUAUGAUAGGGUACGGUAAGAUACGUCAUUGUAAGGUAUUGUAUGGUAGGGCAGGGGAAAUAGGGUAAAGGAAGGUAGGGUAGAAUAGAGUAAGGUGGAGUACUGUAAGGUAGGGCAAGGUAGGAAAAAGCAGAAUAGGUUAAGGAAAGGAAGGGUAGGGUAGGGUAGGGUAGGGUAGGGUAGGGUAGGGUAGGGUAGGGUAAGGUAGGGUAGGGUAGGGUAGGGUAGGGUAGGGUAGGGUAGGGUAGGGUAAUGUAGAGUAGGGUAGGGUAGGGUAGGGUAGCGUAUUCUAUGCUAUCUUUUUUUACUGUUAUUUUCUGUACUAUAAAUUUCAGACCCUCUCAAUACCAACUCCACAAACAUACUAUCGACUUCAAACGAAUCCUUUAGUCAUCAUAUGGCGAAAUUCUUCGAAAUGUUAUCAGGAUUCCUUCAAAAAGGCUCUAUAGUACUGGCUGUGUUUUUGUUUUUAUUUGUACAGUAUCUUGGCUACAAGAUGAUGAAGUAUAUCGGCCGAAGGUGUGAAGAGGGGAGGAUCAGAGAGAAAGAAAGUCAAAAGAUUCAGAUGGAAGAGGUUAUCAGUGUUAGUACUACUGACUCUGUACCUCAUGUUCAGAGAUUUUGA